AGCUUUGGGCCCAAGCCGUGCUCGGAGCCGGAGCCCAGCGCGCCGCCGCGGGCCAGCAGCAUGAGCCGCCAGGCCGCGGAGUGGGCCGCCUACCUCGACCUGCCCACGGUGCGCGGCUCCGCGGGCGGGCCCGGCGGGCCGCGGGUGCCGGCCCACCUGCUCGAAGACUUCUCCGAGGAUCGGAUGCCUACCGGUGCGAGGCGAUAGACCUGGCCUACCAGGUCUGCUCCGAGCACAUGCGGUGGGCAGACAGCCAGGAGGUGCAGGAGAAGGAGCGGCGGGAGCGGCAAGACGCCAUCAGAGCGGCCAAGGCCGGCGCGCGCGGAGGCGGCGGCUACCCAGUGGCCGCCACGGCAUCCAAGCCUGCCGUGGCCAGCGGUGGGCGCGACGAGGUCACCAUCGAGUUCCACCUGCCGCCCUCGGGGACGCCGCCCCGCACCGAGGCCUUCAAGCCCUGGAUCCAGUCCUUCGACAUCUACGGGAGGGUCUACGAGAUGCUCCCCAGCAAGGACCGGGCCUUUUUCAUGACCGUGAAGGGGCCUGGCGUCCAGGGCAUCAAGAAGCUCGACGAGUCCACCUGGGACUCCCGGCUGUCGGACCUGGGGAUGCGCGCGGGCAGCGCGUACACGCUGCACGUGACCCAGGCCUGAGACUGCAGCAGGGCUCGACCCAAGCGAUGCUCUGCCGCUUCCGCGGAGCGUUUUCGUUUUUUGGGUGGUCUUGCGCACUCAGAUCCAAGAAAUCCACGCGGACCUUCGACAGUUGAUGUUUACACCUUCUUUGGAGCUCCCUAAUCCAUUGUCGCAGGCCUACAGACCUCCAACAAUGCCCCGGCCGUAGCUGACCCCCUUGAUCACCAGCACGGAGCGCAAGCCUCGCGUGGUGGUGCACCUCGCCGGGCGGCGAGUCUUCACUGACGCCCAGGCACGCACAGAGGGGUCGCCCUGCGGGGUGCCGAGACGCGCCUGGGCCUCCUGCGCCGCGGUGUCGAAC